ACGUAUCCGAUUCUGUCCCCGCGCAGCGCGCACACCCGGCCCAGCCCGGCAAGUGGCGUCUGCUCUCAGCGAAGAUGGCGUUUACAUUCGCGGCCUUUUGUUACAUGUUGGCGCUGCUACUCACUGCUGCUCUAAUAUUCUUUGCCAUUUGGCAUAUUAUCGCAUUUGAUGAAUUGAAGACUGACUACAAGAAUCCGAUAGACCAAUGUAAUACACUCAAUCCUCUGGUACUUCCCGAGUACCUUAUCCAUGCCUUCUUCUGUGUCAUGUUUCUCUGUGCAUCUGAAUGGCUUACACUUGGUCUCAAUAUGCCAUUGCUGGGCUAUCAUAUUUGGAGGUACAUGACAAGACCAGUGAUGAGUGUCCCAGGCCUCUAUGAUCCAACCACUAUUAUGAAUGCUGAUAUACUAGCAUACUGUCAGAAGGAAGGAUGGUGCAAACUAGCAUUUUAUCUGUUGUCCUUCUUUUACUACCUAUAUGGAAUGAUCUAUGUGCUGGUGAGUUCUUAAAAUAAAAAAAAAACAUUUCCAAGAUCCAAUGAAGCUGUGCACUCCACGAAGGAAACAAAAGGAUGAUGGUGGUUUUUUGAGAACUUGAGUUCAUCAACUUAACCUAUAACUCAUCAGAUACAACAUGCUUUCAUAUAUGCAGAUUAAAUGCUUUCCUUCACUUUUCAUGAACUUUUCACCUCCAGACUUUGUAAUUUUUUGCCUGUGCAGGAUUUCUUUGAUUUGCCUUGACCCAAAAGUCUGAAUUAUGUUUGAACUUGUAUGAAAAUCAAUUAUUGCAAGAUUACAUUUUGAAUAUAAAAUUCAAACAGCACUCUUAUGUAAUUUAGAAAUAAUCUGGGUAUAUUAUGUAAUGUAAUUAGGCCAAAAUGUUUGAAAAAUGUAAUUGGCUAACACAUUUGGAUAUCCAGAUAUUGUUUGAGUAGUUAAAUCUCAUAAAACAUCAAUUUGUUUUAGUGAAUUUAACUUUGUUGUUCACACUGUGGGCAGAGUUUUUUAAAAAUGGCUUGAUAUUGUACUCCCAGAAGCAGUGACGAAUAUAACCAAUGAUGGUCAUAUUUUGCAUGAGAAAGGAUUCAUUUAGGUAUAAAUUUUAAUUUGAAAAUUCUGUAGUGUGUCUUUUUAAGUAAAGUUUUCUCUUACUUUCGGAAAUGGUGUUGAGCUGUUUUAACUGUGGUGACAGUGCCAAAAUACUCCAUUGAUUUGAGCUAUAUAUAUAUUCAAAGUUGAACUACAGUAUGGCAUAAUAAAUUUAAGUCUCCUAUCUUUUUCUGAAUUUAUUUUAGAAGUUGAAACAAAGUCCCAUAAUAGGAAAGUUCUGUGAAUUUGGUUUGUUUAAAAAAAAGAUUUGCUGUCACCAUGUGUGGUACACUUAUAGCUGUAUGUUAUUUCUCAAUACGUAAAUAAAAGCUUUAAAUAUAAAUGAACAGCAUUGGGUGAACCAUAGACAGUAAUACUGUUAUUGACGUACAAAGGGCUAAGUGUUGUGUGCAAUAUUAAAAAUGCCCCAGUUAACAAAUUGAGAUUUAGCAUUAUUUAGGCAAUCCUUAAACUUUCAUGUCCUGAAAAUCACAUGGAGAUGGAGAAAUUGAUCAAAGACUGUUCACCAAGUCACUGUAUAUUUUGUGUAUUGUUUGUUUCCAAAGUUGUUUAUUUUCUCAGUUAAGAUGUUUAUGACAAAAUUACGAACUGUUUACAAUGUAAAUGAUCUUGCAGCCAAGUAUGAUGAGUCUUUUGACAAAUAACAUGUUGCAUGAGAAUAAGUGCGGCCCUUUCCAUUGCCCUGACAAAAAUAUUUAGAAAAUUUAAUUAAUACAAGAGAUCCUGCAAAUGCUGAAAAUCCAGAGUAACACACAAAGUGCUGGAGGAACUCAAUAGGUCAGGCAGCAUCUAUGAAAAAGAAUAGAAUCAAUGUUUUUGGCUUAGACCCUUCAUCAGGACUGGAAAGAAAUGGGGAAGAAGCUGGAAUAAGGAGUUUGGGAGAGGGGAAGGAGUAUAAUCUAGCAAGUGAUAGGUGAAGCAAUGUGAAGGGUAAGGUAGGUAGGUAGGUGGGGAUGGAGAAGGGGAGGUGAUGUGAGAAGCUAGAAGAUGGAUGGAAAAGGUAAACACUGAAGAAGAGAGAAGUUGAUAGGAAAAGGGUAUACUCACUUCUCAUCUCUUCUCCUUAUCUUCCUAUCACCUUCCUCUUGUGUCUCUCCUCCGUCCCUUUCUCCUAUGGUCCACUCUUAUCUGAAACAUUAACUCCUUAUUCCUUUUUGUAGAUGCUGUUUGACCUGCUGAGCUCCUUCAGCCUUUAUGUGUUACUCCAGAAAAGUUCAACAGCACUUUGAAAGCAUUACCAUAUGUCAGCAUUUCAUUUGCUUAAGUAGGUUUUGACAGACAUCCCAAUUAUGCUACUUUAUACUUGAAUAUAUCAUUGCAUCAACUUUAUUGCAAAUAAAUUUUCAUACUUUGUUUCAUGUGUGCAGAAAGGCACUAUGUAGAUGCAAGUUGUUUUUACUGUGCCAGUAUACAGCCUUGUCAAUGAGCAUGAGAUCAAAUUGACAAAUUAAAAUAGACUGA